CCGCGCCCCCAUCUCUCAGCGGCUAGCCUCACAUCAACAAUGACUGUCUCCGCUGAUAUCAAUGAUAAACACGCCAACAUUUCAGUAAAUAUUAUGACCAUUAAUUGCGUUUAGCUCAUUAUCUAUAUAACAGAGUAGAGUUUGAGACACAGAGAAGACACUGGCACAGGAAAAAGAAGAGAGGGCAUAAAACUUGGCACAUAGCUUGGAGAAGAGAGCCCUGGGUGUGUCUGCGAUGGCUGGUGGAAGGAGAGGGGCGAACCGAACCACAUAUUGCAGACCUCCACUAAGCGGCGAACCAGGCUCGGUCAGCAAUGGCAACCAUUCAACCAGCUCCCCGGUAACAGGGGUUAGAUCUCGUGCAAGAAAUGGUUCAGGAACAUGCAUGUCCAGCCCCCCGCUGGCUGCUCAGACAGUGGUUCCUCUGAAGCACUGCAAGAUCCCUGAACUAUCUGUGGAUCGUAACGUGCUGUUUGAGCUCCACCUUUUCUUCUGCCACCUCAUUGCCCUCUUUGUCCAUUAUGUCAACAUCUACAAGACUGUGUGGUGGUACCCACCAUCACAUCCUCCAUCACACACAUCACUGAACUUUCAUCUCAUUGAUUAUAACAUGCUGGUGUUCACAAUCAUCAUACUGGCGAGGAGGUUAAUAGCAGCAAUUGUUAAAGAGGCAUCACAGAGUGGGAAACUAUCCUUCCCUCAUUCAAUAUUUUUAGUGAUGGCUCGGUUCGCUGUGCUCACGCUGACAGGCUGGAGCCUGUGUCGAUCCCUCAUUUACCUCUUCAGGACAUACUCUGUCCUCAGCCUGCUCUUCCUCUGCUACCCAUUUGGGAUGUACAUCCCUUUCUUCCGGCUGAGCUGUGACUUCAGGCGGGUGGGUCCUCUCUCUCCAAUCGCCAGCAUCGGCUCCAAGGAGGUGGGCAGUGUAGGCCGAGGCCGGGACUACUUGACUGUGCUGAAGGAGACGUGGAAGCAGCACACCAGCCAGCUGUAUGGGGUCCAGGCAAUGCCCACUCACGCCUGCUGCCUCUCUCCAGAUCUCAUCCGCAAGGAGGUCGAAUACCUGAAGAUGGACUUCAAUUGGAGGAUGAAGGAGGUGCUGGUUAGCUCGAUGCUCAGCGCUUAUUAUGUGGCCUUUGUACCUGUGUGGUUUGUCAAGAGUACUCAGUAUGUAGACAAACGCUGGUCCUGUGAGCUCUUCAUCUUGGUGUCAGUCAGUACGUCAGUCAUCCUCAUGAGGCACUUGUUGCCACCACGAUACUGUGAUCUCCUUCACAAAGCAGCAGCUCACCUGGGCUGCUGGCAGAAAGUCGACCCCUCGCUCUGCUCUAAUGUUCUUCAGCACAUAUGGACUGAAGAGUACAUGUGGCCACAGGGAGUGCUAGUCAAACAUAAUAAGAACGUAUACAAGGCCAUGGGUCAUUACAAUGUUGCAGUUCCAUCAGAUGUGUCGCAUUAUCGCUUUUAUUUCUUCUUCAACAAGCCUUUACGAAUAUUGAACAUCCUCAUAAUCCUGGAAGGGGCGAUGAUAUUCUACCAGCUUUACUCAUUGAUAUGCUCAGAAAAGUGGCAUCAGACAAUAUCACUGGCCCUGAUCCUCUUCAGCAACUAUUAUGCCUUCUUCAAGCUGCUCAGAGACAGAAUAGUCCUCGGAAAGGCAUACUCGUACUCAAACAGCUCAUCAGACCAGAAAGUCAGUUAGACUUAACUUAUUGUUGGUCGCAUUCACUUUGGAACAACACAAACAUGCGUGAGAGCUGAGUAUUUUUUCUACAAACUGCAUUUUGUGUCACAUUUUUGUUCUGAUCUGCCAUAAUAAAAAGAAAUAUUUUUGUAUUA